CAUAGUCCGAUUCCAAUACACGCCCACCCGCCAGAAGCCGUCGAACGCGCCGAUCCGUCCACCACACAAUGUUCAACCUGCGGGCCCUGAAGGAGAAGGAGAGGCAGAGGCGGGUGGCGUCCCUGCUGGCGUCCCAGAACGCGGCGCGGCGUUCGUCCGCCCUGACGCGCGUCACGAAAGACGUGAGCGAAAUGGAGCUGCCCCGCACGUGCCAGACGGUGUUCCUGGACCCGGACGACCUGACGAACUUCAAGGUGAUCAUCUGUCCCGACGAGGGCAUCUACCGGGGCGGCCGGUUCGUGUUCCACUUCCGGGUCGGCCCCAACUACCCCCACGAGCCGCCGAGCGUGAAGUGCGAGACGCCCGUGUUCCACCCGAACAUCGACGAGAACGGCAACGUGUGCCUGAACAUCCUGCGGGAAGAGUGGAACCCCGUGCUGACGCUAGGCUCUGUCGUGCUCGGACUGCUGGUGCUCUUUCUGGAACCCAACACCGAGGACCCGCUGAACAAGCAAGCCGCCGAAAUGCUGCUUAACCACCGGGAAGAGUUCGCGGAUUUAGUACAGCGCGCCAUAUUCAGGGCGCGCAACUCGGGCGUCGCCAGUUCCUCUCGCAUGCCCAUGUGACUCCCAUAGCUUCGUUUGUUUUUAAUCUAGAAAGUUUUUUUUUAGUAACUGACUGCGGUGUUACCCGCUUGAACGGACAUCAAUAAAUCUGUGCGAUUGCGGCGAUG